AUGUCAUUUCUAGGAGGAGCAUCGACGGCGACUUCUGCAUCUAGUGCAGUGACGGGGCAGGAAUUGGUCAAUGACAUAACCGUCAACAAUCCUCCCGAGGACUCGAUAGAGGAUCUUUCGUUCUCGCCGCAACAGGAUCUCUUGGCCGUGGCCAGUUGGGACAAAAAAGUGAGAAUAUACGAGAUAGACUCAAACACGGGGAACAAUCAGGGCAAGGCGAUGUACGAGCAUGCGGCCCCCGUGUUUUCGUCAAGGUGGUCGCUGGAUGGCACACAGGUGAUCAGUGGUGGCGCUGAUAAUCAGGUGAAAAUAUUCGACUUGGCAUCGCAGCAGCAACAACAGAUUGGCCAGCACGAUGCCUCGGUGAGGUCAGUGCGUUUUGUCGAGUGUGGGCCUUCGAAUACACCGGUAGUGGCAAGCGGCUCGUGGGACAAGACUUUAAAGUACUGGGACAUGAGAACGCCGAACCCAGUGACGACGAUAACUUUGCCCGAAAGGUGCUACAGCAUGGACUCGUCUCAAAAGUUGCUUGUGGUGGGAUGCGCAGACAGACACAUUAGCAUCAUCGACUUGAACAACCCGCAGCAGAUAUUCAAAACGAGCCAGUCGCCGCUCAAGUGGCAGACAAGAACGAUUGCAUGCUACCCGCAGGCCAACGGGUUUGCAGUGGGCUCCAUCGAGGGCCGGUGCGCCAUUCAGUACAUUAGUGAAAACGAACAGAAGAAAUUUGGGUUUUCGUUCAAGUGCCACAGGAAAUCCGGGCCCGCGACUACAACCGCUGGCGCCCGCUCAACCUCCAGCUCCAACGAGUCGCAAGCAUUCUCGGUCAAUGCAAUCUCAUUCCAUCCGCUUUUCGGCACUUUUAGCACGGCUGGUUCAGACGGUACAUUUUGCUUUUGGGACAAGGACGCAAAACAGAGGCUAAAGCUGUUUCCCGAGUUGCCAGGCACUAUCUCUGCUACUGCUUUCAACAAGACGGGAACGAUAUUUGCAUACGCUGUGAGCUACGAUUGGUCGUUAGGGUAUAUGGGGAACCGACCUGAUUACCCCAACUUUAUCAAGUUGCACGCCACCAAGGAGGCCGAGAUUAAACAGAAGAACAAAAGGUAG